UUGUAAAUUCUUCCUCUGCAGUGAGUCCAGUUGUUUGUUUCCAAGUCCUAUAGCUUUUUCUCUCCUUUUAUGGCUUUCUGUCGCAAGCUUAAUCAGUGGUGAGGCAAACGAAACAAAAGAUGUGGGUAGCGAGAUGGGUGAAUCUAGGGUUGGAAUGAAUAUGUGGAAAUCGAUUUAUAAGCGAAAUUCGAUUAUGGAAUUGAAGUCGCCGGAAUCUGACAUGAGUUUUUUCAUAUUUGGAUGCCGAUUCUGGUUCCGAUCGGCAUUCAAUUCCUAUUCGGUUGCUUGUGAGGCAUUCUCUGAACAGCAGCAACAGAAACAGCUUCCCUUCUCUUCUUCUUCGCUUCCCAUCGGUGUUGAAACCGAACUGCUUUGAUAGGGUUUCCUUUUUCCUUUUGUUUUCGUUUUCUUUAUUGUUUUUCUAGCGGUGCGUCUUUUUGUUUGGCUCUACGCUUUCGUGGUUUUUGGAGGCUUUUUCUGUCGUUUUCGUUGAUAAUGGAUUUGGCUUCGCGUGAGGAUGAUGGUGAUUUUGCAGAGAGAGACCCCACUGGUCGAUACGUUCGGUAUGAUGAAUUCUUGGGGAAAGGUGCAUUCAAGACUGUAUAUAAGGCAUUUGAUGAAGUUGAUGGAAUUGAGGUUGCAUGGAACCAAGUGAGUAUUGAAGAUGUGUUGCAGUCGCCUGACCAGCUGGAAAGGCUAUAUUCAGAGGUUCAUCUGCUGAAGUCACUUAAACAUGAAAAUAUCAUGAAAUUCUAUUAUUCUUGGGUGGAUGAUAAGAAGAAGACUAUAAACAUGAUAACAGAACUAUUCACUUCUGGGAGUUUGAGGCAAUACCGCAGGAAGCAUAAAUAUGUUGAAAUAAAGGCCAUAAAAAACUGGGCAAGACAAAUUCUUCGAGGUUUACAUUAUUUGCAUAGUCAUAAUCCUCCUAUCAUUCAUCGGGAUUUGAAAUGUGACAAUGUAUUUGUUAACGGGAACAAUGGGGAAGUUAAAAUUGGAGAUCUAGGACUAGCAACUGUCAUGCAGCAGCCUACAGCCCGAAGUGUUAUAGGUAAUGGCUUCAGUUCUCUGGAAUCCACAACUCUAGACAGGCCACCGAGAUCAAAAAUUUUAUUCAUUCUUGAUUUUGUAGGUACUCCUGAAUUCAUGGCUCCAGAGCUGUAUGAGGAGGAAUAUAAUGAGCUUGUUGACAUUUACUCAUUUGGCAUGUGCAUGUUAGAAAUGGUUACUUGUGAAUACCCAUAUAACGAAUGCAAGAACCCCGCACAGAUAUAUAAGAAGGUGACCUCGGGCAUAAAGCCUGCCUCUCUCAGUAAAGUAAAUGACCCCCAAGUUAAGCAGUUCAUAGAGAAGUGUCUAGUUCCAGCAUCGAUGAGAUUGCCUGCGAUAGAACUCUUGAAAGACCCUUUCCUGGCAACUGAAAAUCCAAAUUCAAAGGAAUUUCUUUCUGCAUCUUUACAUUUGCCGGAUCUUAUGUCCAAACAAGUGAACUUGCUACAAUCAGAAUCUCAUCCUAUGGAUAUUGACGCUAAUCACAAGAAGCUUUCAAUCAGCUCUUGCACAAAAAGCUUUGAUGAGGCUCUGCAGCCUUCAGCUUCAGAAUUGCAGAGGUUCACUGAGAAAAAUGACUUCAGGUUAAGAGGGGAGAAAAAUGAUGAUAAUACAGUAUCAUUAACUUUGCGCAUUGUGGAAAGAUAUGGUGGAGUAAAAAAUAUCCAUUUUACUUUUUUCCUUGAUUCUGAUACUGCGUUUUCAAUAGCUGAAGAGAUGGUUGAACAACUUGGUUUGUCAAAUGAAGAUGUGGCUAUCAUUGCGGAGUUGAUUGAUGCUUUGAUAAUGAAGCUUGUGCCUUGCUGGAGUCCUUCGUUUGGAGGUACUUUAAGUAUACCAAAUGGUUCUUCUGGAUUACAAAAUGAUGAAACUUCCAAGGUAGGUAGACAACAUGAUUUCUUGCAGUCGGAUAACAUGCGGGGUCAAGAGACUCAAGUAUCAUUCAAUUCAGAUAUAUCUGCUGAGUUUCAUUUGACGAUUGCCUCCGAUACCAGUAUUAACAAGCCCUUGGGAUCUUCUGACUAUUCUUUGGAGUUGAACCCAUUUGAGUUUGGUUCUGAUUUUGACGGUAUAUCUAAAUAUGACAAAUCUGUAAAGAAUUCUACAAAUCCUUUUUCCUUAGCAAACGAAGAUCAGCAGGAUGAGCUAAAGCUAGAGCUUGAUGCAAUUGAUAUGCAGUAUAACCAUUGCUUCCGAGAACUCUUGAGGAUGAGGGAGGAAGCAAUAGAAAAUGCGAAAAAGAAGUGGACGACAAAGAAGAAGAUACCUGUCAUAUGAUGUACUAGAUUUUCUUGGAAUUUUUCUCCAGCUUUACGAGUGACAGGCAUUGGAAGAAGCCAUUUUUUUUGGCACUUCCAUUUUUUUUUUUUUAAAAUUCCAAAUUUGGAUGCUUGCUGGCGGAAUCAUUUGCCAUCACUUGUUAUUUUCUUGUACAUACAGAAAAAUGUUGCACUCAAGAGCGCAACUUUAUUCAUUCAUUAUAGGUAUUUUUUAGCCUGCA